CACGUCUCCGUGCUCCAACCACGUGUUCUCUGUGUUUAUCCGCAAGGCUUUCUGGGAAGCGGUGCGCAUGGCAACCAACGUAAACACCAGUGGCCCCCCUCUCCCCCUCCUCCCCGUCUGCCUCUUCUUCCUCUCGGCUUUGCAACGGCGCCAAAAGCGGGAGAAAAUGGCAAGCUCGGCUCGCAGCGAGGACCACUACUACGAAAGGAUAACGUCAGCUCAGCAGAGCAUACACGAAAGGGAGAAACGGAGGCUGGAGCUGGAGAGGGAGCUGUUUGCUUACUCCAGAUCCGAUAAAAGAGCCUUACAGAUAAAGUGUUCCAAACUGCGCAGUUAUCUCAAGGAAAUCUGUGACAGGGAAGCACGAGCGAAAAUGAGAAACCUUGAGCUUCUGAGAGAUGUGGAGUGCAUAGAAAUUAGCAUGAAGGAAUAUAGUCCUGACCAUGCCCCCCUCCAACAACAAAAGGCUGAGUGUUUGAAAAAGAUUUCCAAAUUUAUGGAAGCAAAGAAGAAAAUGGAGCGGGAACCAGCAAAGGCUGAAGCUGUUCGUGCACAGCACCAGGACGGAUACGUCUCUCACCCAGCUAAGGAUUUUAAACAAGCACCAGUGGAAAUUUUUAUGGGCCACCAGACCUCCAGAGGGCCUGAUGCAGAAGCUGGCAGCACAAGUGUACACUCACACCAAGCAUUGCAUCAUUCACCCAAUCGCAGCCUGCACUCCCGCGAACGUCUACCAAGUGGCCUUUUGAAGGACUUCACAGUCGGCGGAGAGGAUGCCGCCAGCAACCGAGCACAUUUAUCAGAUGACAUUUCAGGCUCAAACGAUUCCCCUGACGACGGGCCUGAGAAGAAUCCAUCUCCUGGCAGCAGAAGCCCGACGAGGACUCAGAAUUCCAUCGCAGAACACACCGACUCCAAAGAGGUGGCUCACGAGGCACGCACGAUGGAAGAUGAAGAGAGAGGUCACGGCCAUUUGAUGCUAAAAACCACUUUGGGAAAAGAAGCUGAAGAGAGAACAGGUAAAAGUGAGAGUGUCAGCACACUGAGUUCAGAUGUGGAGUUGUCAGAGAGCACUGCUAGUGACCUGUCUAUUUCUCUGACACAAUCUGAGCUGGAGGAGGAUGCACCAGAGGGUGGGGCACAUGAGGGUAAUGAUACUCACGGAAGGCGUGAUCACAACCAGCACAGUCCUGAAUCGUCUCUGCACUCUAAUGGCUCCAAGAAAACAGUCCACUUAAACAGCAAAGCUGCAGUGGGGGCCUUGAAAAGUCUCUCCCAGGAAGGACUCUUUAAUCUGCUAGACAGCAUUGAAGGACGACUUCGCAGCGAACAGGCCAGUGUGUACGGGGAUUCUUCUGUCGAUGGACUCGAGCUCAGUAGAAUUAUCAGCCUUUGUGACGAUGGAGCGGGCUUGAAUGACGAGGACCUUGGAGCGUGUGGAGCAGUCGUCCUUCAUGAGCUUCAGAGGUUGUCAUGGAGCACAGAAAAGGGCUGCCUGCUACCACAGGAUCUGGUGUGUGCUCAUCAGGCCAGCACUGAGCCUAAUGAAAUAAGCACCAGCCUCCCUCCUAAUGCUGCUCGGCUGUGGGAUCGCUGGUUCAAGCACGCCCUUGUGCUCAAGGAGCGCCGCGUCCUCAGCACUGAGCGCUUGGUCCAACUGUUCACGCCGCUGCUGCUCAGCCGUCAUGCCACCUACAGCCACCAGGCCAAAGUGCUGCUGAGGACACUUCUGUCCCGGUCCAGUGAGGAGUGCCCCUCAGCAGAGGACAAGAGUGACUUAUCUUCUUUAUGUGGUCCUCCUUCUCUGCUGGCUGAUGGGGAUGCGAAGCCUGCCAGGCCCGUACGGAAGCAACGGAUCGAAGAACUACAAAGUGCUGAAGAGGACAGCCAGGACGAAAGCCCUGUGGAAAGUGGUCCUAUUAGAGAGACAAAAGCAUAUCAGUUACUUAAACAAUCAGCCAUGAUGGAAAGGCGGCAGAGUUCUGAAGAGGAGGAGGAGGAUAGCCUCUCAGGAAUAAAUCAUGGCCAUGAAGAGGACCUGCGGAGGGCCAAAAGCUCCUCACAUCAAGACCCUUACCCUCGGAGAGAGAAGGCAAGCUCAAAGGCUCAUUCUACGCUACAGUCAAAAGAUUUCUGGGGUCAAUCGGAUGACAGCAACUCUGAGAUUGAAGCAGCCUUGCGUCCUCAACCUUUCAACAGCGAUGGCAUUUAUGACUUCUAUGAGUGAUAUUUCCGCUGAGAUAUUUUUUUAAUGUACUAUAUUAUAUCACUGCAAAAUCUGCGGCAGAUUGACUCGUAGUAGUUCACCCGCUGACCAUUAUUUUAGUGGUCUGCAUUGUAAAUCGUAUGCACACUGUAUCAUAAAAACAAAUAAUAAAGUUGACAGCUCUCACGCUGGGUAAAGUAUGUGAAGAGUUGUCCAACACACUGAUGUUAA